AUGAAGAAAGCCUUCACUGCGGAGCAGAUAUCAUGCUGGUUCACGUCGGGGACCACGUUUGCCAACGUUAGCCUUUCAGAAGAAGCUCCCGAAACCAAAUCGGACGCAGUCUCGUCGAAAAGGAGCAGCCCAGAUAUCGCGGCCGCCACACACCUGGAGAGGACGGCGGCCGCGUGGACCGGCGGGAUCUGGGCGCACAGGAACUCCAGCUGGCGCAGCUCGGAGGAGGGGAUGAGUGUCCGUAACCUGGGGUACUUCUGGAACCAGUGGAGACUCGGGGCGUCGUGGGCCAGCCUGUGCUCCCGCUCCACCUCCCUGGCCAGCCGCUCCCGUUCCUCCACGUGCCAGAGGAGCUCCGUGAUCAGCAUGCGGCUCGGAGCGACCCCGGAGCCCCUGGGAGACGGCGUCCCGCCUCUGGGCGGCCACACAUACCCAACAUUCCCCAUAACUAAGGACAGAGAGAAGCUGAUUUCCCUGAUCGAGCAGAACUCUGUCGUGAUCAUCCGAGGGUCCACAGGCAGUGGCAAGACCACCCAGCUGCCACAGUACAUUCUGGACCACUGCAAUGAGAAAAAGCAAGCGUGCAACAUCGUGGUCACCCAACCACGCAAGAUUGGAGCCAGCAGCAUUGCUCGCUGGGUUGCUGCACAGCGGAAGUGUACCCUGGGUAGUCUGGUGGGUUAUCAGAUUGGCCUGGAAAGAGUGGCGACUGUGCACACGCGACUGAUCUACAUGACGACCGGGGUGCUGCUCCAAAAAGUGGUUUCAUCCAAAUGCCUUGCAGAGUACACUCACAUUUUUCUGGAUGAGGUUCACGAGCGAACAGAGGAGAUGGAUUUCCUCCUGCUGGUCUUGAGGAAGCUCCUCCAUUCCAACUCCCAUCAUGUCAAAAUAAUCCUCAUGUCGGCCACCAUUAACUGCAAGGAGUUUGCUGAUUACUUCGCCAUGCCCGUUCACGGCAGAAUGAAGCCAGCCUAUGUGUUUGAACUGGAGGGGGCGCCCUUCGCCAUCGAGCAGUUUUACCUGGAUGACCUUCUCAAAAUGUUUCCUAACAUGGUUGACAAAACUCACCCAGAUGAGCCGUUCAUCUCAGAGGAGAUGUACAAUUUAGCCAUCAAUCUGAUCCAGAGCUUUGACGAAAUGGAGGGGAAGGACACCAGUGCUGCAGCCAAAGACGGAGCCACGGCUUCAUCAGAGAGAGGCAGCGUUCUGGUCUUCCUCCCGGGUCUGAAUGAAAUCUACUACAUGCAGGAAGCUUUGGCCAAGCUGGUUCACAAAAGACUGCAGGUUUAUCCCCUGCACUCCACGGUGACUCUGGAGGAGCAGAACGUCGUGUUCCUGUCUCCUGUCCCUGGAUACAGGAAGGUUAUACUUUCCACCAACAUCGCCGAAAGUUCAGUGACUGUGCCAGACGUCAAAUACGUGAUCGACUUCUGCCUGGCCCGCCGCUUGAUGUGUGACCCCGAGACGAAUUACCAGUCGCUGUGUCUCACCUGGGCCUCCAAAACCAGCUGCAACCAGCGCAGAGGGAGGGCUGGCCGAGUGUCCAAGGGCUACUGCUAUCGUCUGAUUACCAAACACUUCUGGCAGAAAGAGGUCACAGAAUACAUGAUUCCUGAGAUGCUGCUGGCUCCCUUGGGCAGCAUCGUGCUGAAGGUGAAGCUGCUGGACAUGGGCGACCCCCCGUCCCUCCUCUCCGCCGCGCUCUCGCCCCCCAAGUAUGGCGACAUCGUGAAGAGUGUGCUGCAGCUCAAAGAGAUGGGCGCGCUGUCUGUGAGGAGUGACGGAGGAGGCGGGAACUCAGACGGCCAGCUGACCUUCCUGGGCCGGGUGCUGGCCCAGCUGCCCGUGGACCUGUACCUGGGAAAGCUGAUCGUCCUGGGCCACGUCUUCGGGUGCCUGGACGAGUGUCUCAUCAUCGCCGCCGCUCGCUCGCUCAAGUGUUUCUUCGCCAUCCCGCUCAUACAGCAGCUCGCAGGCCACAGGAGCAAGCUGUCUUACGCCCAAGGCAUACCGAGUGAUGCCAUCGCUAUCAUGAACGCCUUCCAGUCAUGGCACUCAGCCAAAAAGAAAGGACUGCUGAGACAUCCCAAGGAUGAGAAUGCCUGGGGAAAAGAGAACUUCAUUCAAAUCAAGAGGAUCAAAGAGGUGGCGGAGCUGUACGAGGAGCUGAAGAGGCGCGUGGCUCAGUUCAACAUGGAGGUCCAGGAGGGCUCGCAGUCCUCCAGCACCACCAGCUCUCACAGGCAGAAGUUCAUCAUCCAGGUGGUCAUCGCUGGCGCCUACUACCCCAACUACUUUUUCCAGGGCGACAUCGCUGACAGUUUGGCUUCCAGGGACUUGAGUGGCUUCGACCCCCGAACAACAGUGAUGCUGAGGAACCUUCCGCCGUACAGCUUCCUGUACUACAAGCAGCUGCAGUCACUCUUCCGCCUGUAUGGACAAGUCAAAGCCAUUUCCUUCGAGAGUUCCAGGGCUUAUGUGGAGUUCUUCAGGACGAUCCAGGACUUUGCGGUGCUGCCCGAAGUGUCCCUGUCCCUCCUUCAGCUCCGCCAGAGGCCCCAGCUGGAGCUGUCCGUCUUCCCCACUGAGCAGAUCGAACUCUGCACCGGGAACAAACCGAUAACUGGCCUCAAAUACUCGAGGGUGAACGUGGACUUCGAGCGCCAGACGGUCAGCCCAGUGGGGGUCAUGAGCGGAGCUCUCACUCCCGACAAGAUCCCGUCCAAGCGCUUCUUUGUGGUGAACGUCACCGAGGUGCUGGAGGUGGGUCAUUUCUGGGGCUACCAAGCCGACGACGCCAGCUUGAAAAAGCAGCGCCAUCUGACGGCGGAGAUUAACGGGCGCACGCUGCACCCGGUGGCCGUGUCGCUCUACCCCAACCUGCUGUGCCUGGCGCCGUACUCCAAAAAUAUGAAGGUGGUUUACAACCGCGCCAAGAUCCUGCAUGUGCGCGGCGACAUGGUGGAGGUCUUCUUUUUGGACUUCGGAAACACGGUGGCGGUUUCCUGCAGCAGCCUCAGAGAGCUUCCAGCCGACCUGCUGUUGUACCCUCUUCAGGCUCAGGAGUUCCAGGUCACGGGGAUGUGUCCCUCAGCCAAGUCCAUCAUCCUGGGGAACCCGUGGAGCAGCCGCGCCCGGCACCGCUUCAACAGCCUGGUGAAGGGCCAGUUGCUGCUCGUGUCGCUCUACUCCAUCCUCUUCGGGGUCAUGCGCGUGGAGCUGUUCAUCACCACCGGGACGCAAAACAUCAGCGUGGUGGACCUGCUGAUGGAGGAGGGGCAUGCGGUGAAGGCCGAGGAGAGCUUUGAUUCCCAGAAUAACCAUGAGAUGCUGAUGUCCCUGUACAAGGACUUGGAGGAUGGUUCGUACGUCCCCAACACGGCCAGCAACUCCGCCAAGGCCCGCACGGCCGAAGCGAAGGAGAUCAUCGACAGCCUGCUCGCCCGAUUCUCAAAGAGCAACAGCUUGUCCAGGACAAAGGUCCGUCUGCACGGGCCGUUCAGCCCCUACAAGGCAGCCUUCUACAGCCUGAGCCACAAGACGCAGUGCAAGAAUGUGAUCAUCGACAAGGUCAGCAUCAACUCGCUGGCGCUGAACGAAAACCCUCACUACAAACACCAGAGGAUGCUGGUGGCUGGGGAUGUGUCCGUCAGUCCCUCAGGUUCAAACAUUCUGCUGCGAGACACCACCCUCAUGCCGCACAUCCCCGGACUGCCUGCUCUCAUCGCCAUGCUCUUCAGCCCCGUCAUGGAGCUACGCACCGACCCGGAGAGGACGCUCUACACCGGGGUGCUCUGUGGCUUGGGCUGGGGGGGCAAGACACAGGAGGCCGUUCUACCCGAGCACGACCUCGAGCUGACCUUUGACGUCAAGUUUGACGUGGAGGACAUCACUGAGAUCAACGCCCUGCGGAUGGCCAUGAACGGCCUGGUGUGCGAAGGGCCCAGAGGGACCCUUCGUCUGCACGCCGACAGGAUCAGCACCCUGCAGAGCGACUGCCAGGACCGCCUCCUCAGAUUGUUCACUAAGUUUCCUCCCAGGGAAGCCGUCACGCCGGUGUACUAUCCGAAUGUGGAGAAGUGGAAUCAGGUGGAUCCUGGUGUGAGUCUGAAGAUGGAGCCGAAGGAACCAGGAACCCGACAGAGCAGAGGGGCGCCCUUCAUGCUCCACGCCGUCACGCUGCUCAACAACUGAAGGGACUCCACAAUGAGCAGCUGUAUUAAUCAUCUGUUUGUGUUCAGGGAAGUGUUUAAUUAGGUUUUUUCCUCAUAUUUCCGCUGGAAGGUGAAUCUCCAGCUCAUAAGUUACUCAGAAGCUGCUUUCUUGCGUUUCGUAGCUGUUUGGAAAACAGAUCAAAGUUCAUGGAAGUUUCCUGUGUGGACUAGUUCUUCAUUAAAAAUAGUUGUCUGCAACAGAUGAGGCUCGUCUGUCUUCUUCAUGGUCUCAUUGUGACCCAGGAGUCAAGUUAAAUUU